AUGGACUUGGAGAUCAAGAUGAGGAAGAGAAAGAAGGUCGUGGAUGGCAGGCCUAGGAUCAAAUGGGGGAGUUUGACCAUAAUAGGUGCCCUGGAGAUGAGAGAGAAGUUGAGGGCUAUGGGAGCUUGGGAGAGUAGUGGGGAGGCGACCGACAUGUGGGAUAGGACGGCCAGUUACAUUAAGAAAGCAGCUAGAGAGGUCUUUGGGGAACUAGAGGACAAAAGCAUGGAUAAGAAGUUGUAUCAACUAGCCAAGGAGAGGGAGAGGAGAGCGUGUGACUUAGAUCAGGUAAAGUGCAUCAAGGACGAGGAUGGAAGGGUAUUGGUGGAGGACACUCUCAUUAGACAGAGAUGGCAGUCGUACUUCCAUAAACUCUUGAACAACGAAGGGGACAGAAACAUUGUGUUGGGAGAUUUAGAGUACUCCGAGAGGUGUCGUGAUUUUGGAUAUUGUAGGAGUAUAAAGAUUGAGGAAGUUAAGGAUGUUGUUCGUAGGAUGAGUAGGGGAAGAGCGACAGGGCUCGACGAGAUUCCUGGGGAAUUUUGA